UUUUCCCCUGUCAAAUCAUGUUUGUCUUCAUCACAAACUUAGUAUCACCGCCCCCCCCCACACACACACAGAGUGGUACGCUCCUCAUCUCCAGCAGAAGAGGGAGGGUCAACAUGGCGUCCGAGCAGGAGAGCUCCAAUGGCCCAGUGAAGAAGUCCAUGAGAGAGAAGUCCAUUGAGAGGCGCCACAUCAACAAGGAGCACAACAGCAACUUCAAAGCAGGCUAUGUGCCCAUCGAAGAGGAGCGUCUUCAUAAGACAGGGCUGAGAGGACGGAAGGGAAACAUGGCUGUUUGCAUCAUUGUCCUCCUUUUCCUCCUUGCCCUGAUUAAUCUCAUUAUCACUCUGGUCAUAUGGACGGUGAUCCGCAUCGGUCCGAACGGCUGCAACAGCAUGGAGUUCCACGAGAGCGGCAUCCUGCGCUUCAAACAGAAGGCAGACAUGGGCAUCGUUCACCCGCUGCACAAGAGCACGAUUGGAGGCCGGAAAGACCAGGACCUGGUCAUCGUUGGCAACAACAACCCAGUGGUCUUCCAGCAGGGCUCCACCAAGCUGAGUGUGGAAAAGGACAAGACGUCUGUUGUGAGUGAUGUGGGGAUAUCCUUCACAGACCCUCGUACCCAGACCACGUACUUCAGCACAGACUUUGAAAACCACGAGUUUCAUCUGCCCAAAGGAGUCAAAGUCCUGAGUGUCAAGAAGGCUUCAACAGAGAGGAUCACAAGCAGUGCAACAUCAGACCUGAAUAUUAAGGGAGACAACAAAGCUAUUAUUCGUGGAAAUGAAGGGGUGAAUAUCAUGGGCCGGACUGUGGAGUUCAGAAUGGGGGGAGGAAUCGAGCUGAAAGCCGAGAAUACCAUUGUUCUGAACGGGUCGGUCAUGUUCAACGCCACACGCAUCCCCAAUACCGCCGGAAACAUCUACUUCAAUGACGGCUUGGAGCGCUACAAGCUCUGCAUGUGCGAAGAUGGGACUCUGUUCCGUGUGCUGGUGAAGUUCACCAACACAGGCUGCCAGACAUCUGACAACCCCUGCACAAAGGCUCACUGAGACUGAGCCCCCCCGGUACAGCAGGCAUCACACCACUUCCAGAUGUUGGCUACUAACAUUUAUAAACUCCAGUUGACUUGAACAUAGAUGUUACUCCACAGUUCAUCUUCAUAAUCAGUGGUGGAGCCCCCUCCCAUCAAAGAGCCCGUGGUUUAUGAUGCCUGUUUUUAGGAUUUAUUUUUUGGACAAAUGUCAUCAUUACUUAAGGCUUGUAUGGAGAAAAAAAGAAGCUAGCGGUUGUUGUUCCUCUAGCUAUUAUUACAGAUGUCAGAAUUUGACAGGCCGGUCACCAUCUUUGACAUUUUUAAUGAUAAAACCUAAAUAGAUGAUUAACAUGACAGAAGCUUUAGCACUUCCUGAACUGAUCUUAAUGACAACCGAACUUUGUUCUGUUCCACAAAUUUUAAUGAAAACAUGUUGAAAUGCUGCAAACCCAAAGGUCUGCAGCUCUUUAAAGUCCCUCUCCUAUUAUCUUUAGUAAAAGUGUUCUCCGUGUUCUUUUUAAAUUAUUGUGAUGCCGUCUUUAGCCGCUUAGAAAGCCUGUCGUUUUUUUGAGGGCAGGGGCCCCCAACCCUUGGGCCGCUUGGUACCAGGCCACAGACAGAAAAGCAAAUGCAUACAUUAACUUCCAUCAUUUCUGUGUAGUUUAUUUUCUGAUCCUGAAGGAAGUUUUAUUUUGGAAAACUCCUGGAUUCUGUUCACCACAUCGGUCUGUCUUGACAUGUCAUGUGACUUUCAGCAGGUGCUCGGAGCGCUAAGUUAGUCGCUCAACGCUUAAAAGGUAAUAAAAAACAAACAAUAAAACAUAUUUGGGAAGUUUCUUAGUGAGAAAGAGUCAGUGAGGAAACCGAAUGAGAACCUCAAAAAAACAUGGAUUUCUUGAAACCAUUGUCACACCCACAGUCCUUUUCCUUUUGCAUCUUUUCAUCUGGUCCUGAUUUACAAUAAUUUGAAUAAAGAAAUCAUCAGAAAAUCAAUUUUUAACUUAAUUUUCUACUUAUACAGUGAGGCAAAACAGUAUUAAGUCAGCCACCAGUUGUGCAAACUCUACCACUUGAAAAGAUGACAGAGGCCUGUAACGUGAGACAAAAUGGAAAAUAAAUCCAGAAAAUCACGUUGUCCAAUUUUUUAUUUUAUUUUUUUCAAUUUGUUUUUAUUGCAAACAAAUAAAGAAACUGUCACAUACAUGAAAUACAAUGAAACAAAGAUAUAGUUUCAUAUUUGUAAUACAACAUGGCCAGUUUUUUAUUUUUAUUUUUUCAAACACCUCGAACCCCCCCCCCCACCCUCCAUGGUUUGCAAGACAAGGAUAAGAUAUAUAUUGUCCAAUAUAACAAAAGCAUAUCUCUAUGUGAUCAACUCGAUGGCCAAAUCGAUCAGCCAAGUGGCAACAUAAAAAAGAGAAUUAUAUUAACAUAUAUAGCUUAUGUGAUAUUUACAUGUAAGAAAAGGAAAAAUAAUAAUACUAACAAUGCUAAUAAUAUUUAAGAACAGUUGGAAUAUUUUAAACUAUAAAUUACUGAGAUGUGGUGUUAGAAUGUGAGGCGGCCUGGUGUCCAAUUUUUAAAGAAUUUAUUUGUAAAUUAUGGUGGAAAAUAAGUAUUUGGUCAAUAAAAAAGUUCAACUCAA